AUGCCUACCCACUCCCCUCAUCCUCCGAUUUCAAUCCCGCCAGUUGAUAUCUGGUCAUUCCUAUUCGAACAGACAGAUCAAGAAUAUCCUGAAGACCAUGUAAUCUUCUCAGACCUCGCAACCCAAAAGCAACACACCUUGCACUCUCUCCGCACCACCUCGGCCUCUCUCGGGCCAGGGCUGCUCACGCAAUGGAACUGGCAAAAAGGGGACGUGAUGGCGUUGUUUACACCGAACAGUGCAGAUAUCGCAACAAUCACUUUCGGAACUCUUUGGGCUGGCGGCGUGGUCUGCCCGAUGAACAAUCUGUACACAGUUGGCGAAUUAGCAUCGUUGCUGAAAUCCUCUGGUGCUAAAGGUUUGACAACGCAUUUAAAUUGUCUUGAGGUAGCGAGGGAGGCGGCUUUGAUUGUUGGAUUGCCCCUGAACCGGAUAAUUCUGAUUGGGGAGUCGGACCCAAAGGGAAGAGUCAAGCAUUUCUCGUAUUUGAUAACCGAGGAAGGAAGCAUUGAUGGUGAAAAGAAAGCUAUGGUUAAUCCAAAAGAAGACCUAGCGUUCUUGGUGUAUAGUUCAGGGACAACGGGGCUUCCGAAGGGUGUCAUGUUGAGCCACGAGAACAUCGUUGCGAACAUCUUGCAGAGCUGUACUCCAGAUCGAGAGAUGCUGGAUUGGAAGAAUGAUUCGAUGAUCUCUUUCUUGCCUAUGUUUCAUAUUUAUGGUCUCCACGCCAUGAUCUUCAUCCCCCUCUACCGAGGACUUACAAUGCAUAUCAUGCAGCAAUUCAAUCUGAACCAACUAUGUUCAACUAUCCAAGCAAGCGCAAUCACUGUCGCAUACGUUGUACCACCAGUGGUUCUUCUUCUAGCCAAGAGCCCCGUCGUGGACAAAUACGACCUCAGUUCUCUCCGAAUGAUGCACUCUGCAGCCGCACCCCUCUCAGACGACUUAAUCAAUAUGUUUUACAAAAGAUUGAAGGUGCCAAUCAAGCAAUCAUACGGCAUGUCAGAAGCAUCUCCUGCAAUCAGUAGCCAGAGCUGGGCAGACUGGAACAACCCCACCGGCUCAGUCGGUAAACCUCUGCCUUCUAUGAGCAUCAAAGUCAUGGAUGGCACCUGCGAAGUCUCGAGAGGCAAGGAAGGCGAAAUCUGGAUGCGUGGGCCAAACGUGUUUAAAGGCUACUACCAGAACCCUCAGGCUACCUCAGAGUCCAUGAGUGAGGGCUGGUUCCGUAGUGGUGACAUCGGGUAUAUCGACAAGGAGGGAAAUGUGUUCCUGACGGAUCGGUACAAGGAGUUGAUCAAAUAUAAUGGGUUUCAGGUUGCGCCGGCGCAGCUUGAGGGGUUGCUUUUGGGGCAUCCGGCGGUGGCGGAUGUGGCUGUUGUGGGGGUUUAUAGCCGGGAGAGGGAGACGGAAUUACCGAGGGCGUAUGUGGUGGUUGCUAAGGGGCAUUAUGCUGGGAAGGAGCUGGAGAGGGAGGUCUGUGAGUGGUUGCAUAAGAAGGUGGCUCCGCACAAGCGGUUGCGUGGGGGCAUUAGAUUCAUUGAUGCGAUCCCGAAGAGUGCUGCAGGGAAGGUAUUGAGACGAGUGCUAGCUGAGCAAGCUAAGAAUGAGGAGGAUGACAAGAGGAUGAAGCCCAAGCUUUAA